AUGCACUGCGGUGGCCGGAGACGCUGCCUCUGCCCCAGACUCAGGCUGCGCCGUCUGGUGCAGCAGCAGCAGCACGAUCACACGCAUCCGGGCGGUGGCUGCAGGCUGGGCGCACUGCGGAAGAGGCGGGAAUUGCACCGGAAGCUGAAGGAGAGCGGCGAGAGUCCGGGGAAAAUAGGGAUAGCAGAGGGGCGAUGCAGCAGCCCGGCGGCCGCAGGUGCUAGGCAGAUACCAUACCAGGGAGGCAUAGACGCUUGACAAAUAUUACCUAAUGCCCUUGAUGUUACUGUAAAAGGCCCAGAAGGAAAGUGAACACUGGACAUGUUUUUGGUUAUGCGAUGUUGAAGUUGUUGGUGACUCCUCUAGGCUCAUGGCUUCAUGCAUCAAUAAGCGCUGAUCUAGAGAACAACAUUAAGCAAGUCCUUGAAAUAAAUAUUUGCAAUCGUCCUUCGCAUGUGGUUUGCAAAAGACUAACGCAACAAUAGUUAGAAUUGUAUUUUUGACGUCUCAGCGGAAACUUAAGGAAUCAUGGCGUUUACUAAUUAUAGUAGUUUAAAUCGUGCACAAUUGACCUUCGAAUAUCUACAUACUAAUUCCACAACACAUGAGUUCCUGUUUGGGGCUUUGGCUGAAUUAGUUGACAAUGCAAGAGAUGCAGAUGCGACAAGAAUAGAUAUCUUCACAGUGCCAAGGGAAGACUUGAGAGGUGGUUUCAUGCUUUGUUUUCUUGAUGAUGGAGCAGGAAUGGAUCCAAGUGAAGCUGCAGGUGUUAUCCAGUUUGGUCGUUCUGCUAAAAGGACUCCUGAAUCUAUUCAUAUUGGGCAGUAUGGAAAUGGUUUAAAAUCUGGCUCUAUGAGAAUUGGAAAAGAUUUCAUCCUUUUCACCAAGAAGGGAGAGUCAAUGACCUGUCUCUUUAUGUCACGUACCUUUCAUGAAGAAGAAGGAAUUGAUGAGGUGAUCGUCCCACUUCCUACAUGGAAUUCCAGAACAUGUGAGCCACUGACAGAGAAUAUGGAAAAAUUUGCCAUUGAAACAGAGCUAAUAUACAAGUACUCUCCAUUUCGUUCCCAAAGUGAAGUUAUGGAACAAUUCAGAAAAAUUAGUGGAGAUUCAGGUACUAUAGUGGUCAUUUUUAACUUGAAAUUAAUGGAUGCUGGAGAACCAGAGCUUGAUGUAGUGUCUGACCCAAAAGACAUUCAGAUGGCUGGGACCCCUCCAGAAGGAACGAAGCCAGAGCGCCGUUCAUUUAGAGCCUAUGCCGCUGUACUUUAUAUUGAUCCAAGAAUGAGAAUCUUCAUUCAUGGCCACAAGGUGCAAACAAAACGAUUAUCUUGUUGUCUCUACAAGCCCAGACUGUACAAAUAUACAUCAAAUCGUUUCAAAACACGAGCUGAGCAGGAGGUGAAGAAGGCAGAGCACAUGGCCAAAAUCGCGGAAGAAAAGGCACGUGAGGCAGAGAGCAAAGCACGAGCCAUGGAGGCUCGCCUUGGAGACGACUUGUCUCGGGAAUCCAGGGCGUCUCUUAGACAGGUGCAGAAUGCUGCAAUUACUACUCGCCGGGAGGCAGAUGUGAAGAGGCGAAUUAAAGAAGCAAAGCAGAGAGCCCUGAAAGAACCAAAAGAACUAAACUUUAUCUUUGGUGUUAACAUUGAGCAACGGGAACUUGAUGGCAUGUUUGUGUAUAACUGCAGCCGGUUAAUAAAAAUGUAUGAGAAGGUUGGACCUCAGCUAGAAGGAGGAACGUCUUGUGGAGGAGUAGUAGGAGUGGUCGAUGUCCCCUACCUGGUUUUGGAACCUACUCACAACAAACAGGACUUUGCAGAUGCCAAGGAGUACCGACACCUUCUGAAAGCCAUGGGAGAGCACUUAGCACAGUACUGGAAUGAUAUUGGCAUAGCUAAGAAGGGCAUUGUAAAAUUCUGGGAUGAAUUUGGUUACAUCUCUGCAAACUGGAAUCAACCACCCUCUUCCGAUUUGAGGUAUAAAAGAAGGCGUAAAAUGGAGAUUCCAACUACUAUUCAGUGUGAUGUAUGUUUGAAGUGGAGGACGCUUCCAUUCCAGCUGAGUGCUGUGGAGAAAGAGUACCCGGAUACAUGGGUCUGCUCCCUGAAUCCUGAUGUAGAACAGGAUAGGUGUGAUGCUCCAGAACAAAAGCAGAAGGUUCCUACUGGGGUGCUCAAGAAACAAAUUGUAUCCCAGGAAGAGAAGAAAAAGCAACUGGCUGAUAAGAUCCAACAACAACAGGAAAAGUUGGAAGCUCUGCAGAAAGUGACCCCUGUGCGUUCCAUUGCCGACUUAAAGAUGCUCCCUUUGGAGGUUAGCACACGUCCGGUAGAGGAACCUGUGCCAAUAAUUCGCCCAUUGCGGCCAAGGUCGCCACCUUUGCCUGCAGUAUUGAAAGAAGUUGUUAAACAUCCACCUCCACGCAGUGCAGUCAAAAAGACUGAUUCCCCACGAAGUGGGACGUUGAAUAGUGAGCGGGCAAGCACAUCAAAAGCUCUGCCACAGUCUACUACGCCUGUCAAACCCAACCACGCUGUAAAGACUCUUAGCAAAAUAUUACCUAUUGUGAAAUCCUCACCACCAAUUUCAAAAUCGUCUGUUUUACAAUCUAUUCGAUCCUCCAAACCAGUUCCAGUAUCACUGAGCGUGAAGAACUCCAAGGCACUGCCAGCAAAGAAACCAGCUCCAAGCAAAAGCUUUGUGGUGAGCAGUUUGAAGAAAAGAACGUCCCAACAGAUAGUAGUAGCUGACGAUGAUGAGGAUGAUGAUGAAGAGCCAGUCUCCACUCGAAGACCAGAAAAGGCAAAACGUUCAAAGCUAGUGGAGGUGAAACGGGAGAAGAAAGAAUUAAAUGAAGUAGUGGUGAAGUUGACAGAGAGUCCAGAUGAGGAUGACGUUGCAUCUGCUAAAGCUGCACAAAAAGAUAAAGGCUUACAUGUUGAAGUGCGCGUAAACAAGGAGUGGUUCACUGGACGUGUCACUACUGUAGAAGUCGGAAAACAAGGUGUUCGCUGGAAAGUGAAGUUUGACUAUGUGCCUACAGACACAACUCCACGUGAUCGAUGGGUAGAGAAAGGUAGCGAUGAUGUGAGACUCAUGAGGCCGCCAUCCCCAGAACACCAGACUCCUGAUACACAGCAAGCGGAACCUUCUACCUCUGAUAACACUCGAAUAGAGCCGGAUACAACAGAACCCAGUGCCAUCCUUGCUCCUGUGGAACAGCUAGCACAAAUCCUCCGAAACUGCUUACGGUAUUUCUUGCCACCCAACUUUCCUGUAUCCAAGAAUGAACUGAGCACAAUGAAUGCUGAGGAUCUGAUAUCCUUUCCACUGAAGGAAUACUUCAAGCAGUAUGAGGUUGGCCUGCAAAACCUGUGCAAUUCUUACCAGAGCCGUGCUGAUCUCCGGGCCAAAGCCAGUGAAGAGACUCAGCGAAGUACAGAAAAGAAGUUUAGAGAAACAGAGGAGAAAUUGCAGAAGUUAAGAACCAACAUUGUGUCACUGCUGCAGAAAGUACAAGAGGACAUUGAUAUAAAUACAGAUGAUGAGUUGGAUGCUUACAUUGAAGAUCUAAUCGCAAGAGGAGACUGAACUAAUCAUGGCUAAUUGCAACUUAUUACAUUUGUUGGCGGACAAAAUAAGACGCUGCUUUAUCCCCCCCGUUACAUGCGGUUACUGAGGGGGCUAAGCCCAACGUUACAUGGCAGACACACGUUAUGACGUCACUGUUUUCUUGUAAUACGUUUUCAUGGUUUUUACAUAACAGGCAUGUGUUUUUCUGAAAGUUUUAAACAUUGUAGUUCUUGAACUCAUUUCUUUGUUUAUAAAUAUUUAUUUUUUAUUGGAAACGGAAGCACUGCCGGAGUAGUUUAUAAAAAAAAUCUUAGCAAGAUCCAGCUGACUCAUCCUGUUGAUUUUAAAUCCAUAAUAUAAUUUAGGGUAUUAUACUGUUGCUUAUCCAGAGAUACAUGGAGGGGGAGAUUUAAUAACACCACAAACAAAUUAUUUUGAAAUGCAAUAUCGAGUUUCAUUUACAAUCAAAUAGAACAAAAUAUAAAGGAACAAAAGACAAAUGGGUUUUUCUUCUAUUUUUCAAGUAAGGCUUGUUAAAUUUUAGCCAUCUCUAAACCAAUUCAUUAUGACAUCUUAAAAGGCUAACUAAAACAGUAGGCAUAUACAGGUUGAGUAUCCCAUAUCCAAAUAUUCCGAAAUACGGAAUAUUCCGAAAUACGGACUUUUUUGUGUGAGAGUGAGAUAGUGAAACCUUUGUUUUUUGAUGGCUCAAUGUACACAAACUUUGUUUAAUACACAAAGUUAUUAAAAAUAUUGUAUUAAAUGACCUUCAGGCUGUGUGUAUAAGGUGUAUAUGAAACGUAAAUGAAUUGUGUGAAUGUACACACACUUUGUUUAAUGCACAAAGUUAUAAAAAAAUAUUGUCUAAAAUGA